AUGGAGCGGAAUCAUAGACAUUCGAAGCAACCAUACAGCUACAAAUCAGAAUCUAAACCAGACAAUGAUGAUUAUCCUGUUAGAUCGCAUAAUCAUAGAUCAAAAUCAACUGCUGUAAAAGAUAAUAAUUUACUUCCAGCCUCAGGUCGAAAAUCAUCAGUUGAUUCCUCAAAUCCAAACUUAUCUACAUCAGCUGCCGACUUUAUGGCAAUUUGUGAAACGUUAACAAAACGGAAAAUUACUAAUUUAAACGACUCAAUUAAUGUACUUAAUGAUUUAGUUGCUUCUAACAAAAAAUCCCAGUUACAAGUCAAGUUACUUCAAAGCUCGAAGAAAGAUUUAAUUACAAAAUUAAAUUCUGCUACACAAGAAGUUCAAAAUCUCAAAAAUAUGAUUAAAGAUCAAAAAUUCGAUGCUCCUAGAACUACACUUCAAAUUGAAAUACAAAAUCUCAAAAAGAAAUUGACUGAGAAAGAUGCAACAAUUUCUCAACUUACAGAAGAGUUAAACCAUCAUAAAAGUGUUAAUGCUACUUUGCUUUCAGAGCAAGCAUUACAAAAUUCGAAAUCAAUUAAUAUAAACGAUAAGCUUAAGAAAACACAGGAUAACGAACAGUCACUGAUUCAUGAAAAUACCAAAUUUGUCAAACAAAUUGCGAAACUACGUCAACAGCUUGAAAAAUAUCAAAAGAUUAAUAUUGACGAUUUUCACAACUUAAAAUCGGACUAUUCAAAACUGAAGAAGCUCCAUAACCAAUUACAUGAUGAUUAUGAUCAAUUAUCAGCCGAGAACGCACAACUUCAAAAUCGAAUUCUUGAAUUAGAGAAAGAAAAUCAAGAAAUUCAUGAAAAGAUUCUUGCACCACUUGAAACUCACGAUUCUAUUGCUACUUCAGACAAACCAACAGAGAUAGAAAAGCUUCAAAAACAAAAUUCCAGCUUGCUACAGAAUAUUAAUCUAUCUGAAGAUGUCAUUGCCAGCCAAAGAGAUGAAAUUAUUAAAGCAUAUGAGUCUCGCAACACUAUGUCCAAGUUUGUUCAGAGAUUAUUCAAAGUUUUACAAACAACCGAAAAUCUUGCUAAAGAAUACAAAGAUAAAUAUGAUACUUUAAUGUACAAGGUUGAAGAAGAAAAGCAAAACUUUGAAGUACAACGUGAAAAGCUUCUUUUCGACUUCACAAGUACCUUUGAACAAAUCAUUGAAAUUGUUCCAAUGGAUAUCACAGAGCCAAUCACAAAUGACACUUCAAAGACAGAAUACGAGCAACUCAAAGCAAUUGUACAAGCCUUGAUCAAUACAAAUGGAGCUCGUACCUCCUCAGGAAAUGUCGAAAAUACACCUGAUUUGCCAGAAGAAUAUGAAAAACUCAAGAAGAGAUAUAUGAAUCUUUAUUGUUUCCUUGACAAUACACUUUUGUUCAUCAGAAAGAUUGCCAAUACAAAUGAUGUUGAUGAAAGAUUGUUUAUACAACAACAUAUCGCAAGAAUUGCAAUCUUUAUUGAUCAAAACAAACCGGAUCAUGUUAUUUAUUAUCCUUCACCAUAUGAAUCAACAGAUCUCAAUGAAGCUCUUCAGAUUGUUCAUGAUUUCAUUGAUGAUGAUCUCUCUAAACAAUCUCCAUUCCUUGAAGUUGUUGCUAUUCUUUCUGCAAUGUGCACAGCCAACGCAAUGCUCAUGGAGAAUGCAGAGAUAAAUAAGAGAAGAGUUAUUGAAUUGAAAGAUAAUGCGACUGUUAAUGAGAAUCUCAGAGCAAUGGCUAAUGAAGCCAAGAAACUCGUUGAAAGAGAAGAAACUCUUAAGAUGAUAUUCUCACAAAUGUUAGGUGAUGAAGAUGUUGAUCCAGUUGAGUGGAUCAAAGAAAACAUUCAUGAUAUGUUUGUAGAAAACAAAUAUGCUAAAGAUAAAUUGGCAGAAAUGAAGGGUAAAAUUGAUACACUUCGUACAGCAGCACAACAAGAGAUCAAGAAACUUGAAGCAGAACGUGACAUGUUCUGUGAAAAGGCUAGCAAAUUAUCAGAGACAAUUCAACAGGAAAUUCUUGCAGCUAAAGUUGAAUUCGCUCAAAAAUUGCAAGAUCAUCAGAAGCUUGUUGAAGAAACUGCAAACUCCAAUAAAGAACAACUAGAAGAAGCAUUAAAGACAAGUACAGAAGAACACGAAAAAGAAAUGCAAGAUUACAAGCAAAGAAAUGGAGAAUUACAAUCAGCAGUUGAUGAAUUGCUUAACAGAGUUGCCAAACUUACAAUGGACGUACAAGAACGCGAAGAAUUAAUCGCAGAGUUACAUACAGAACAUCAAGACUAUGCAUUAGAGAAAGAAACACAAGUUAAUGAGCUCAUGAAAGUUUCCAAGGCAUUGAUGAAGAAACACAAAGAUGCGAAGAGAAAGAUUGUUGAUGUUAAUCAAACAAUGUCAAAGAUGAUCAAAGAGAUUCAAGAUAGGAACGAUCAAACAAUUGAAUCUUAUAAGAAAGAUAUCUUUGCUCUUACAGAACGCCUGAAGAAUUCUCAAGAUGAUUCUCAAAAGUCUUCAGAUAAAGUUCAUCAGCUUGAAGAAAAAAUAAACGGAUUGCAAGAACAAAUUGCUAAGCUUACUUUAAGCGAAAGGAACUUGAAACAUAAAUACAAUACUUUAUCAGACCAAGUAGUUAGGGAGCGUGAAAGCUUAGAUGCUUCUAAAGCUGCUCUCAGUGCUGCUUUUGAGUCAAAUCAUAAGGCUAUUGUAAGCGAAAAAGAAAAAGAGAUUCAAAUGGCUAAAGAAUUCAUUGCAAAAGUUGCAAGAGAAAUCGAUACAGGAAUUAAGACAGAGGAUUUGAUUGCAAAAGCAACAAAGAACUUAGAGAAUCGUGAAGAAUCCCCUGUAAUCAAAGCCGGUAUUGAAGCUCUUCAACUAAAGAGAGAAUUCCAAAUCCCGAAUGAUAAACCUCUUUCAGAUACAAUGCGCAAUCUUGUUGAUGCAAAGGAUAUUGCAAAUCGCGAAUUAGAAACAUACACAGAUAAGUUAAAGAAGACAGAAUUAGAACUCUCUAAGGUUAAGAGAGAAUUGGCCAAAUCUUGUGCUGCUAUUGCCGAUAACAAGGAGUGGAUGAAUUGGGCAAGAACAAUGUACAUGAAUGUAACAUGUGGAGGUGCUCCAAUGUACAAUGCACAAGACUUAAGAUAUCUUCUUCAGGAGUCUCUGUUGACAGAAAUUGGAUUUGGAAGUUUGACAAAGAAGGUUGAUAUUCUGAGAACAGAAAAAGCUUGCUUAUUAUCUCCGUUAUACAAGGUUGCAACUAAUUAUAAUAAGAAUCAUAGCAUAAGAACAGCCUUGCUCAUAGUUUUGUUUGCAAACAGAGUACAAUCUAGCUCAAACAUGAUGCCAACAAGAUUUGCUAGAAUUCAAACUGAAGAAGGCAAAGAUUGA